GAAGAAGAAGAAGAGAAAGGGUAGAGGACUUGCACAGGAUUGGCGGCCAUAGCCGGGAUCUCGUCUCUUAAUCUGAGUGCGUGGCGGUCUUGCGAAAAUCCGGGGUUCAAUCGACGACUUUUCGUCACGGCGUGACCUGGUAGUUGUAGAUCGGCGGUGCCACUUUGGAUCCGUGCGGGUGGACGCCGGUCAUUGCUUGGACGCCCGCUCGUCUUUUCCCCUGUUUUUUUUCCGCCCAACUGUUGAUCCUUCAGCUCCGUGUCAUGAUCGUCGGGGAUUUUUGUUUUUUUUGUUUCUCCCCCUUUUUUCAGAUCAGUUGUGGGUAUACUGGGAUGUAGGAGAAGAUUAUCAAUCUCUUUGCUGAGUGGAUUAUUUCCGUUUUUCUGAUGGGACUUCGGUAACUUUCCUAUUAGAUUUCGGCAUUUGAGGGUGGGUACUGGGCUGUGACAAAGAGGAGGGUGGAUUUCUUGGCAGAUCUCGGGAUCCUGCGUCCUUUGCGGUGUCAAUUUUCCUGUUCGGUUUUUCUUCUUUCGAGCCGGUGGAUCUUUUUUGUUGGGUUAUAGGUGGGAAGGACAUGCUGAGAGGGGCGUAUAGGCCCUUUGUUUGAUAGGGAGUUUUGGUGAGGAGAUCGUGUUUUUUAUUUUUAUUUUGCAUUUUCCCUUUUUUUUUCCAGUGAAUUAUUGCUGAUGCGGUUCGGACAAGGAGGGGUCGCUCUGUUAGGCCGAAGCUUUCUUGAGUCUAAUGGGUAUGAUUCAAGUUCGCCAUUCUUCGUCUCGUAAGCUUUGUCAAUUGUGCGUAUUUUCCACGUAGCUUUCAUCCCAUGGUGUCCACUGUCAGUAAUUGCGGCGAUUUCACCUGCAUCAGCUGAGGGAUCGUAAAGGAAGUGGUGGAUGCAGAGUUUGUUUGAUCGAAAUUUUUGAGAAAAGGAUGCAGAGGCGUGCUAUUACGGUACAGUUUUGUGAGCACUUUUACGCGGGAAGAUUAGCACACAUGAAUGAUAAGCUUGAGUUUUAAGCGAAUCCAUUACACGAGGUGCGCAACUGAGUGCCAUGAAGCCUGUCACUUUGUGCGUUCAAUUCAGUGCAGUGCUGGUGGUGCUCUUCCUUUCUUUCUAUUUGGGGCGGCCUAUCUACCUCGAAUCUUUUGCAAAUACGCAAGAUGCUACUUCCCAGCCUACUUCAGGGUUGAUUUCAGGCUUCCGUGAGUGGCGAAAUGGAGGUGGAUCGACAUCUGGGGAACAGAAUGAAACGCGAUCCCAGAAACCUGGACGUCGGUCAAAGCCUGGCAGAAAUGAUGAAACCAAUUUUGGAUUACAUCCAGCGUUGAGACAGCCCAUAUGGGAGGUUCCUCCUGCUGGAAGUCAGUUGCCGCCACGAGAUGCGUUUGCCUUGACGAAAGAGAUGAUUGAAUUCCGGGCUAAAAAGAAUGUAAUAGCGGUGACGUUCGCGAAUUUUGCUUUUAUGGAUUUCGUCCUUAAUUGGGUUCGGCAUUUAACCGACGUCGAGGUUACAAAUAUCCUCGUUGGCGCGAUGGACACAAAAAUCCUUGAAGCUCUUUUCUGGAAAGGGGUUCCAGUCUUCGACAUGCGCAGUGGCAUGGAGACGGUUGAUGUUGGGUGGGGUACUCCCAAGUUCCACAAAAUGGGCAGGGAGAAAGUUAUACUUAUCAAUGCUUUUCUUGCUGAAGGAUAUGAAAUUCUGAUGUGCGAUACGGAUGUUGUUUUCCUUCAGGAUCCUUUCCCGUACUUCGAGCGCUUUCCUGAUGCGGACAUUUUGACCUCCAGUGACGAGGUUGUAAAUUCUGUGGACGACGACAGACUUGAAUUCUAUGGACAAUCAUGGGGGGCUUACAACAUCGGAAUAUUUUUCUGGCGUCCAACAACUAUAGCAAAAGAGCUCGCAAAGGAGUGGUUACAACUCCUGCUCUCAGAUGAUAAAAUAUGGGAUCAAAAUGGAUUCAACGAUCUUGCGCGGAACGUAACAGGUCCCUCCGUUGGACACGAUAGUCUUUUCUGGGCGUAUCGGGGAAAUCUAAAGAUGGGCAUUUUACCAGUCAGUCUAUUUUGCAGUGGUCAUACGUACUUUAUACAGGAACUGUACAAGAAGCUAGACUUGGUGCCAUAUGCAGUACACACGACGUUCCAGUUUGGAGGCACUGAGGGGAAGCGGCAUCGACUCCGCGAAGCAAAGUUGUUUCACGACCCCCCUGAGUAUUUUGAUACACCUGGUGGUUACAUUUGGUUUAAAAUCUCCAUACCACAGUCUCUUCUAUCCGGUGGCUUGCAUACUGUUGAGAGCCACUUUGCUUUAGUAAAUCAUCAGUUAAUCCAAAUUCGGACGGCAUUGGCAGUUGCAUCAGUCUUAAAUCGCACACUUAUUAUGCCCCCUAUAUGGGCCCGAUUUGAUCGAAUCUGGUAUGGACAUCCUGGUAUUCUUACAGGAACAAAAACUAGCCAACCGCUCAAAGUCCCUCUCGACCAUGUAUUUGAGGUUAAUCGUAUGGUGGCUGACCUCAGUGAGAUUGAAUUUGGACCUCAAAUUGGCAUCAGGGAAUACUCGUUUUUAGAGAAUCCUCUAUUGGAAAAUAAGGUGAAAAAGUCAGUAUUGAAGGUCAAGCUAUGCGACCGAAAGUUAGCCGGCUGCUCCCACAAAAAUAAGGUGUCCUCUGGAGUUUUGAAGCUCCCUAAAAAUAGCACUGACGAGGAGCUGUCUGCCAAGUUGGACAUUUUCAACAAGUUUAAAAUACUAGAGUUUACAUCUGCUAUUGACGUCUUCGGAGGAUUUAGAAACAUUGAUCGAGGCAUGAAAUUUACUCGUAGGAUCAAGAGCUACACAGGGAUAUGGUGUUGUGUGAUGGACAAAACGCCUGGGCACAUCUGGUAUGACAUUUACUGGGAUGAGAAACCUAACUGGAAGCCCUUGCCCCCUGCUACACCAGCUGACGAUCACCAACCCGAAUAACUUUGGACGAAUCAGUUCAUAGCUCCUUACACCCUCUAACAGCUAUGUAGAAUUAGGUCAAAUAACUAGAACAUCUUUCAUAUGUUAACACAAAGUUAGCCGCGGCAUCUACGGAACGCAUUUCCAUGCGAUGCGCUUCAUUGACAGACUUACUGUUGGCAAUUGGGCACUGGAUGUGUUUUUAUGGCUGCUGCUGAGGUGUAGGAAGGGUUGAUAUGGCCUCAAGCACCAGAAGAGAAGACGUCUUGAAUUUUGAUGCAGUGGCAUGAUAACAGAAGACACCUGGAAAUGUCGACAUGUUUUCAUCUAGAUACACAUCUAGCUUCAGAGCUGGAUAUGCGGAUGCAUCAUCUUGUAGGUGGUAGGAAUAGCCACGAAUCCUGGUUAUGGAAUACCCAAUUUUUAAAAUUCCAACGUAGUGCAGAGACUGUAGACUAGACUGAGAGGUGUACAUUACAUCACAGUAUCCACCACUAGGUUGGUGCAAUUUUGCUAGUUUUAAGAGGAUAUUGACACCGUCAAAGAUGGAUUAUCUCAGUUAGCAACCAUUCAUGUGCACACGCAUGGAGCCGAAUACAUUCGACAGCUUUAAUUGGGUGUGUGAGCGAUGAACUGGCACUCAUGCUUUGAUCAUGUUAAUAUGAUAACUCUGAAAAGAAAGAAAAAGAGGCACCUUCUAUUACAAGGGAAAUAAAUAUUAAUAUUGACUCCUGAAA